AUGCCCCACGAGUAUCUGGGACGCCUGAACCGUGUGGUGCGAGGAUUGCGGCUCAGGCUGACUAAUGGUCUCCUGAGACCUGCGAGGAAUGUGGCUCGGAUGGACUUGGUGUCUCCGGGAUUUGCGAGGAUUGCGGCUCAGAUUGAAGUUUUAUCUCUGAGACCUGCGAGGAACGCGGCUCGGUUAACUUUGUGUUUCAGAGACCUGCGAGGAUGGAAUUGA